AUGGCUUCCAAAGACCAUGACGAAAGUUGGACCGAGGAGACAAUUUGUCCCAUCUGCCUGGAUUUCUUCACUGAUCCGGUGUCACUGGAGUGUGGACACAACUUCUGCCGCUCCUGUAUCACACGGUGUUGGGAAAGGACGGGGAAACACUCCUGCCCGGAAUGUAGAAAGCAGAUUCAGGAUAUAAUCCUCAGAGCGAAUCGGGCCUUAGCGAGACUGGCAGAGAAAGCUCGAAAACUGAAGCUGAACCAGACAGGGAAGGAAAGUAAACUUCACUGUGAGGAACAUCAGGAAGAACUGAAGCUGUUUUGUGAAACGGACAAGAAAUUGAUCUGUGUGAUUUGUGCCGGUGCGCGGGAACACAGAGAGCACCGCUUCUUGCCGAUUAAAGAAGCUGUUGAAUUCUACAAGGAACAGGUGAAAUCUUCCCUGACAUCGCUCACUGAGAGGAAAUUUGCAAUUCUCAAAAUGGAACAGCAGCAGAAACAGAAAAUCUCUGGGAUUCGGGAUCAGUCACGCAGUCUGGAGUCCCACAUCUCAUCCGAGUUCACUAAAAUCCAUCAGAGUCUCACGGAGAAAGAGCAGCGUUUAAUCGGAGAUAUCAGAAAACGAGAAGAAAGAGUUCUAGAUCCAAUGAAGAGAAAUCUACUGGAGAUUCAGAAGAAUUUAACUUCCAUUGAGGAGGAAAUCUCAAUGUUGCAGAAACAGAUGGAGCAGAAAGAUGGAGUGAUAUUUCUGAAGGAAGAAUCCUGUCGGAAGAGGAGGGUUGGAGAUGACCAGACACGUACAGUCACGGAUGGGGCUCUGCCGAUGGAAGAAUUCGCAGGACGUUUACCUUUCCCAGUGUGGCGGGAAAUGUUCGAUGACAUUCAUCCUGUCUCUGUGACCCUGGAUGUGGAAUCGGCGUACCCGUGGCUGGAGGUGUCUGAGGAUCGGAAGAGUGUGAGACGGACACGGACACGGAGGGACGUCCCCGACACCGGGAGCAGGUUCAGAUUCAGGUCCUGUGUGAUGGGAUCGGAGGGAUUCACAUCGGGGAGACAUUACUGGGAGGUGGAGGUGGCGGGGAAUCAGAUCUGGAGGCUGGGAGUCGCCGCAGAGUCUGUGGAGAGGAAGGGAGGGACCGAACUGAUCCCGGAGACCGGAUUAUGGAUCAUCUGGCGGGAUAGUGACGAGUUUUAUGUGAACACCCCGCGCCGAUCCCCUCUCCCUGCCGGUCCCAUCCCCGGGAGGGUGGGAGUUUAUCUCAGUUACGAGUCCGGGACAGUGUCAUUUUACAGCGCGGACACCAAUUCCCAUCUCCACACCUUCACUGGGAAUAAAUUCACGGAGAAACUUUAUCCUUUUUUCUGGACUUGGGAUGAAAACAAGUGGCUGAGAAUCUGCUCCGGGUCCGCUCCGGGUCUGUAACCGGGUCGGGUCCCGGGACCAGUGUCAGGAGGAAGUCAGUGUAAAUAUAAAUGUAUGGAGAGUGAAAUGAACACGAAUUGACAUUAGAACUGUCGACCCAUUAAUUUUCACGCGUUAACCGCAUCCGUCAGCGGAACAGAAAUACUUUUGUGAAAAUACAAAGGUUGAAACAAUCGCCAUUCCCGCGGGCUCCGCGGAUUCAGCAGCUGCCUCGGGCGGCGGGUCCAGAGGUCCCCGGUUGCCCCGGGUUCUCAAGAUGGUUUAUGUUUUCGAAGCCCACUUUCCGCAAACUAACAUGAAUAAACUCUUUCACUUGGUCCAUCCGAACGUUGCAGCAUGAUUUUGAAAAAAAAACCUGUAGGGGUUGGAAAUCUGUAUUAAAAAGAGAAAUACAGAUGCCUGCCUGUCGUUAAUGGACUAACAGCUAUUUGCCGUUGCUCCUACCCUAUCUAACCCUUAGAAAAAAGUUAAACGCGAUAUUACUUUACUACGACUUCAAUGAGUGCUAAAGGUAUUAAAACUGAUAAGGAACAUGAUCCUCCUGUAUCCUUGGAAUCUGUUUUCGAAUUGCUUCGAAAACACAUAGAUGAUUCCUCCGAAUAGUUUUGACAGCUUAAUUCCACGUUGGAUUCUAUUUAAGAAACCUUAGACGAUCAUGAUAAACGAAUUGAAGUGUAUGAAGUGACUCUUUCCAUUUUGGAUGGGAAAAUUGAUGAAUUAGAAAAGCUUUGAAAAUAGCAAUCAAAGUCCAACGAAAAAUUAAUGCAGAAGUCAUCGACUUAGGUAACAGAAGAAACAAUCUACGUAUCCUGGGUCUUAAAGAAUCGGUCGAAGUUAACCUUUGCAAACCUUUUGGCUCAAUUAUUUCCUAACUUUUUAAAAUCUCCACCUAAGGUCGAUCGAGCACACAGAUGCCCGCUGUAUAAACCUCCUAUUGGAGACAGACCCAGGUCAGUUAUUAUCUGCCAACAUGACUUUCAAAUUAAAGAGCUUCUAAUUCGUGACUCCGGUCGAAGAGGAAUGAUUAACUACCAAGAAUACAAAAUCAGAUAUUUUUGAAGAUUUUUCACUUGAGGUUCUGAAUGAACAUGUUAAAUUCAAAAAGGUCAUGUUGGAACUUUUCAACAAAGGCUUCAAGCCUUCUCUUCAUCACCCUGCAAGGCUCAGAAUUAUUCUGAAAAAUGGUUCGCAGAAGUGGUUUCGUUGAGUUGAAGAAGCUCAAGGUUUUUUUGGAAUUUGAAGACUAACUGACGACGUACUUUUCUGCAUGAACAUUUAUCACUUUUACUCUCGGUCACCCCUGGAAGCUACGGCUUUUUAAAAAUCUUUUAGUGUCUUACUAAGAGAAUAAGGUCUUAAUGAGCUAAUACCUUGAACGUCCAUGUAUUUCCAUUUUUGUUCUUUUUUUUUGACAUGUUACUUUAUACACACACACACACACACAAAGAUUUCUUUUAUUAACAAGACUUAAUACGGAUACUUAUCAUUUUAUAAUUUUAAAACUGUUUUUUUUUUCAAUUUACUGUUUUGACUGGGUUGGAAUUGCCUAACCUUGAAACAUAGGGAGCAAGGUUUGUUUGGGUAAACCUGCUGUCUGUAGGAUUAGCCGCCGGCUGUCUGUUGGUCGGCUUUCUGUCUUUGGGUGGUGGGAGGGGGGAAGGGUUCUCUCUUUGGAAGUUGUUUUGGGCUCUCAGCCAAGUCUGUUGCUUGGUUACCUUAUCUGUAAGUUUGCCGUCUGGUUUGAAUUUACAUUCUUGUAUGGUUUGUUUGUUAACCUUUCUUUUUAAUUGCACUUAAACAAUAUUAAAAAUGGAUCAAGUUAUUAAUUUACUUAGUUUUAAAGUGAAAGGGUUAAAUCACCCCGUGAAACGAAAUAAGAUUUUUGCCUAUAUUAAAAAAUUCAAGGUCCCUAUUAUUUUCUUACAAGAAACUCAUAUACGUAAUUGUGAUAACUCACGCUUUUUUCGUCGAUGGAGAGGGUGGCAAUUUCAUUCCGCUUUUUGAGCUAAAUCUAGGGGGGUUUCAAUUUUUGUAGAUAAUACAGUUUCAUUUGUUCAACACAAGGUAAUAUCUAAUACCAAUGGUCGUUUUUUUUUUAUAGUAUCAGGAAAGUUAGACAAUCGAUUAAUGGUAUUUGCCAAUAUUUACGCCCCGAAUAUGGAUGGCCCGGGAUUUUUUGAACGAUUUUUUUGCACUCUUGCCAGAUUUGAACCUUUCUUCUUUGCUUUUAGUGGGAGACUUCAAUUGUUGGUUAGAUUCAAGGUUAGAUAGGUCAUCUACUAAACCAGCUGCUCCUAAUAAAUCAGUUUUAUUUCUUCAAUCAUUUUUAAUGAUAUUUGGUGUUACUGAUGCUUGGGGUUGUUUACAUCCAGAAGAUGGGGAAUAUUCAUUUUUUUCUCAUGUCCACCAUAUGUAUUCCAGGAUUGACAAUUUUUUUAUUGAUAGCCAAAUAAUUCCAUCAGUUCUAUCCUGUGAAUAUAAAGAGAUUGCUCUUUCAGACCAUGCUCCUGUGUUUUUAUCUUUAAACCUCCCUGGACUCCCUCAAACAAACAGAUUUUGGCGUUUUAAUCUGACUUUAUUAUCUGACAAAGACUUUUUAUAUUUUUUGGAGAAACAUAUUGUUCUUUUUCAAAGAGAAUACGCUGGAAGAGACUUCCAGUCAUUAUAUGGGAUGCUUUUAAGGCCUUUAUUAGAAGACAAAUUAUCUCUUAUAUGGCAAGCGUUAAGAAAAAAGCUAACAGAGAGAGAAUUGAUAUAGCUAAUCAGUUGAAACUACUAGACCAAAAAUAUGCUUUGGAUCCAGGUCCUGCUUUAUACAAAAGGCGUGUUGAAAUUAAAACUAAAUAUGAUCUCCUUUUAACAUAUCCAAUAGAAAAUAAACUUUUAAAAGAUACAAGUCAAUUUUAUAAUCAAGGAGACAAAACAGGUCAAUUACUGGCUAACCAAUUAAAAACUGUUGCCAGAUAGCAAAUUAAAGAAAUUUGCAAAGCUAAUGGUGAGAGGACAACUGAUAAUUUAGAAGUAAACGAUACCUUUAGAGAAUUUUAUUCUAAACUUUAUAGUGCAGAUUCUCCUAAAGAUGAUACCAUAAUGUAUAAUUUCUUCGACCAAAUAAACAUUUCCACACUCUCUGCUGAUAACCGAAAAGAGUUGGACCAAUCUAUUACUUAUGAGGAAAUCGCCGAGGUUGUACGUUCAUUGCACUCUGGAAGGACUCCGGGUCCUGAUGGAUUUCCUGGAGAAUUUUAUAAGGCCUUUUCCUCAUUGCUUAUACCUCAUCUAUGUUCUGUUUUUUCGGAUUCUUUUAAAUUGGGUAGACUGCCACAAUCUUUUUAUGAAGCUUCCAUUUCACUUAUUCUUAUGUUACGGACUCGGUGAAUGUCCCUUUAAGAUAGAGUUAUAAGUGUAUGUGUGUGUGUGUGUGUGUGUGUGUGUGGCGUGCAUACAUCAACAGAAGAUAAAGGACGUAAUGACGUUGUUGGAGAAGUGAGUCGAAGUCGAAGAGGGAGAAAAAUGGAGAGAGACACCAGCCUGCUAGUUUCUCUAUCGAUGGAUGAGAAACAAUAGCUGUGUCUGCCACUGAAAUCCACGUAUGGAAAUUGGAAGUAAUCCGGUGGAGUUCACUUUGUUGCUGACCUGUAGAAGGAAAAAGGUAUUUGUGUGGACGAUCACGAUUCGGAUGCUUUUUGGGGUGAGGAAGUCACUACCGAGUAAACACUGAAGUGUCGUUUGGGUUCCAUCGUGGAACAUUUGGAUUUCGUAAUUACUCUCUCUAUGUUCUCUACAUCUACGUUUUAUCUUCAGACAACAGUGGUUGCUGAAGAAGCCUCUGCUCAUGUUUCACCUUAUGGCUUGCCGAACUGAACUUUAAGAACCAUUUCUGCACUUGGAGUUUGGACUUUGCCACAAACACACGAAGAGUUUAGUUUUUGGGGUUAAUGUUCAAGGUUUAACAUUUUUAAUUCUAACAUACUAACAUUUUUACUUUUAUUUUUCGUAUUAUCGUAAGUAGUGAUUAAUAAAAUAGUUUUUAACACUGAA